CUCUGUCUGUCAAAAUGUCUCUCCCUGUCCCACCUGAUGGUCCCUGGAAAUCGGCCAGGGCUCCACGACACAGCGUCCAUCCCAUACCGCUUCCCUUGUUCGAGGCAUUCGAGGCAGGGGACCUUGAGCGUGCUUCCUCCAUUGCACCGUCUUCUCUUCCACCACUUACACCAUUUCUUGUCAGCGAAGCGAAUCGCGGACUUUGGGGUCGGAGACUUGCUCUGGUCGUGGGAGACGCCGAGCACUUGCCAUGGCUAUCAAGAUUGGUCGUCUACGAGCCUGAGAGGGAUCUAGAGGUGGAAACUUCUCAUAUUAAGAGAUCGAAAGCAGUUAUUGUUGGAAGAAUAGGCUUCCAUGGUAAGCCAGAUGAGCGUGGGAUGGUGGAAGUAGGUUAUGAGAUUGACUCGCAACAACGGAGGAGUGGCCAUGCGAAGGCGGCGAUGAGAAUCAUGGUUGAUGUGGCAAGGUUGAUUCCCGGCGUUAAUGUGUUGAGAGCAUCAGUGGUACCUGAGUACUGGAUCUCUAGGCGGGUGGUGGAGAGUGAAGGACUGAGGAAGGUCGGAACGGAGGUCUCUAGCCGGCAUGGGCUGCAAGAUGUUUUUGAGAUCGAUGUGAGCAACUAAGAGCUAUCUGGUCUUCAUUCGUGAAUAAACAACUCGAAUUCCGAGUCAGUUAAUUAAGUUGCUAUCAGUCUGCACCGUUAACGUGCUAGGCAGA